AUGGAUUUCUUCUUCCUUUUGUCGCUCGUUGUGCUAUUGCUGCUCACGGCAAGCGAUGCAGCUCCCAUGUCCGAUGCCGCUCCCACGGUCACUAUCGACUCUGGAGCUGUCUUCGGUAUGGCAACAUCGCUGGCAGGUGCUAAGGCUCCCGUGGACAAAUACCUCGGAAUUCCUUUUGCAGCACCACCUAUUCGUUUCGCUCCCGCUGUCAAACCAACUCCCUGGGAGAAGCCUUUCAACGCUACUCAAUAUGGACCCGCAUGCCUCCAGGCGUUCAAUUAUCCCGAAGCAUCCAGAAAUGCGUCAAUGGCAUGGUACAAUACUCCACCUCCACCAGCGGGUGAGAGUGAAGACUGCCUGAACCUGAAUGUCUAUGUGCCUAGAACAGCCUCAAAGAACAAAACCGUGAUGGCGUGGAUCUAUGGCGGAAGUCUGAGAAUCGGAUACAACUCUCAUCCAGCUUAUGAUGGUUCAUACUUUGCAGCGAACCAAGAUGUCAUUAUCGUGGCCCUGAACUAUCGAACAAACGUUUUUGGAUUUCCUAACUCCCCAGAGCUACCUUUAACAGAACGGAAUUUGGGAUUUCUUGACCAACGAUUUGCACUAGAUUGGAUUCAAAGGAAUAUUGCCGCCUUUGGGGGAGAUCCUAAGAAGGUGACUAUCUUUGGUGAAAGCGCUGGUGCUGGCAGUGUGGACGUUCUUGUGACGACAAUGCCCAAAAAUCCCCCUUUCCGAGCUGCAAUCAUGCAAUCUGGACAAGCGACUUCCUACGUCAACACCACAAAUGCACCUGGAGGUUGGUUUGCUUUAUCGGCGGCGUUGAACUGUACACAGACUCAUCCAUCUUCGAAUUUGACCUGUCUACGCAAUCAAACUGCCUUGAAGUUAAAGAACACCAUCGAACGUUUCGCACUACCCUUUCGUCCGGUGACGGACAAUGUCACAACCCUGCGCUAUCCUGAAGAUGCUCGACUCAAUCGCUCCGUUGCAAAUGUUCCAAUUUUAGCGGGGACGAAUGCCGACGAGGCUACCUCCUUCAUAGUGGGAAUGACAAAUGCUACAGCAUACGUUGGUAACUUAUUUCCCGGGCAAACUGAACUUGUCAACAAUAUCUUGUCGGCGUAUCCUGCCACUGGCGCCGACCAAGUCGAAGACAUCGUUAACGAUCUCUCAUUCCUUUGCCCGCUAGCUACAUAUACCAAUGAUAGCAAAAAUGCAGGCUUUCCCACCUGGCGUUAUUUCUACAACAUGACGUUUCCAAAUAUCGGACUCGCAGGUCUUCCUAACGCAGGGGUAUUCCACAGUAGUGAAAUAAGUAUUGUCUUCGGCACCUAUCCGCGGACUAACGCUACUGAAUACCAGAGGUCAUUGAGUGAUUACAUGCAAACCUCCUGGGCUACAUUCGCAAAGAAUCCUCAGGGUGGGCCAGGAUGGCAGGCCGUACCAGUGGUUGCCUCGCUAGGAACAGGCGGUGUCCUGAAUACUCCUACAACCGCAGGGGCCCUCGAUAAAAAUUGUCAUCUCUAUAGAGAGACUUUUGAGGAAAUAGGCAUCGCGCCGAAGAGCGAAGACUGA